UCGGUCACCUUCAUCUCUUUUUUUCUUCUAGUAACCAAUCGCACUUUGUACGUAUCUACUUAAUGCAACCCAUAUCCUCCAUCUCUCGGCGAACUCUUUCUCAAUUGAUGUCGUCUAGUCUUCGACCAAUCGCAACUUCACGGUUAGCUCUACACAGUUCGCAUCUUUUGUCGUCAAGCAAUCGCAAUUAUACGCAGAGUUCCGCAAUGGCUACUGAAAUGACUCCUGUUUUUGCCCAGGAUGCUGCUCCUCCUGCCGGCCCUUACUCCCACGCAAUCAAAGCCCAAGGCCUAAUCUUCGCUUCCGGCUGUAUCCCCUGCGACUCCGCCGGCAAAAUCCUCGAAACAGGCACCCUCCAAGAAAAGACCGCUCUAUGCAUUCAAAACGUGCGCGCGGUCCUCGCUGCUGCCGGAUCCGAUAUUACAAAAGUCGUGAAAGUGACUGUGUUUUUGACGGAUAUGGCUGAUUUCGCGGAUAUGAAUGAGGAGUAUUCCAAGCAUUUUGCGCAUAAGCCCGCUAGGAGUUGUGUGGCUGUUAAGCAGUUGCCUAAGGGGGUGCCGGUUGAAGUUGAGGUUGUUGCUUUGCAAUAAAUGAAUUCAUUGAAUAUACACAAUUCAAUUCAUUAGCAGAAGGGUGGAGAUCUGGUUCAUAUAAGCUAGGAUGGGCUGGCGAAAACUUUAGAGGCAUGGACAUGCUCAAUUCAGAAUCUUUGCAGAUGACAUCAAUGGAAUGAACACUGUUGGUUCCUUUCAGCUUUCCUGAUAUAUUGUACAAAAUCAAUAUAGGGACUUUAGUAUACAACAUGAGUCAUGCGUUUUGUGAUUUGAGGAGGUACAUUGCCCGUCCCAACUCC